AUGGAAGACAGUGCAAACAUCCUGGGUAAUCGAACUGAUGGAGGUAACAAUUCAAAACCGAAGUCCUAUGUAGAUUCGGUUUUAGCAGCCAAAUCCGUUAAGGUAAACUUCAGAACUCUUGCUAGUCCUGUUACGUAUGAGGGUUGUGAUGUGGUGCUUCCUCGUGACUCGGUUAGAGCAGUACAAGAAAAAUUAUCAAACACUCUGUAUGGUUACUUCCUAGGGGACAGAGUUGCAUACCCGGUUGUGGAUUAUUUUGUGAGGAACCAUUGGAAGAGGUUUGGAUUACAGAAAUCAAUGAUGAAUGCUAAUGGGUUCUUUUUCUUUAAGUUUGCUGAUGAAGCUGGUAUGUUGAAUGUUCUUAAAGAAGGUCCUUGGAUUAUCCGAUCUCAGCCUAUGUUUUUGAAUAUUUGGUCUCCUACAUCAAAGUUAGAAAAGAAGGAAGUAAAGAAGUUGCAAGUGUGGGUCAAAGUCCAUGAUGUCCCGAUUGCUGCGUAUACGGAGGAUGGAUUGAGUAUGAUUGCUACGGCUAUUGGUGAGCCUAAGAUAUUGGACUCGUACACUUCAUCAAUGUGCACGGAUACUUGGGGAAGGAGUAGCUACGCGAGAGCGCUAGUAGAAAUUUCAGCUGAAAGUGGGUUUAAGGAGGAGAUAGUUAUUGCGGUUCCAGAGUUGGAGGGGGAAGGUUUUAGUAAAGUGAAAUUGUCGGUAGAAUAUGAAUGGAGUCCUCUUAGGUGUGCACAUUGUAAGGUGUUUGGUCAUUCUGAUGAUACAUGCCCGAGACAGACUAGGAGGGCUCCUAAGGGGCCGGUCACUAAUCAGAAAAAACAAGAGGGAAACAAUACUCGAAAUCAAGUGAAGCAGCCGGUUGUAGACAAAGAGGGUUUCAUGGAUGUGGAUCGCAAGAAAGCGGCUAGGAAAGCAGGGUUUCCUGUUAAUAAGCAGAAGUGGAAAUUUGAAUAUCGGCCGAUUGGAUCCAAGCCUCAUGGUGGGGCUUCUACCUCGGGUUAG